GGCGGGGACGAGGAGGAAGAGGAGGAAGAAGAAGAAGAAGACAGAGAAACAGCACAGUGAUCAGGAAGCAGACGUGACAGAGGAAUACUCAUGGACUGCACCACUUGAGGAGAGCGACACUGAAGAACAGCCCCUGGACGCUGAAGGACUGGGGAUCCACUGGGACACAGAGAAGGAGAAGUUUAUCCGGGAGCUGAGGGAGUUCGUUCCCAGCGUGGAGCAGAGGACGCCUCGAGCCUUGUACAAGAUGGUGAAGUACGACCUGCCAAGGUUCAGGGCCUUUAAAAGAGAAGGUCGGGCUCUGAGGCGGGGCAGGUACAGCUCUGAGGAGAACCGCAGGCUGGUGCAGAAUGUGAAGGACUUCCUGGCUCUGACGGGCAUCGACAGCGGAACCAAGCUGUUCUUCCCCUCCCGCUUCCCGGAGGAGAAGAGCCACAUCGUUAAGAUGAAGAACCAGUACAAGUUCCACUCCCGCAUGGCUGCAGGAAUCUGCCGGCCCUGGCACGACAUUUACACUCGCGGGAGGAAGAUAUUUGAUGAAUACAACUACAAGGGAAGGUUCACAGAGGAAGAUGACAACAAACUGCGCAAGUUGCAGAAGCUCCAUGGCAACAACUGGAUGAAGAUCUCGGAACUGACCGGCCGCAGCAACCACUCCUUAGAGCUGCGCUUCUCCCAGCUGGCUGCUAACAAAGGCGCGUGGACGGAGGAGGAGCUGGCGAGUCUGACGCGCGCGGUGCGCUGCUACAUGCAGCAGCUGGCGGAGCCGGUGGGCGACUCUCUCACCAUCCGCAGGGAGAGGCUCUACAGCAAGCUGCCCUGGACCGAGGUGGCCAGCCAGGUGCAGACCCGCAACUGGAGCCAGUGCAGGAUAAAGUGGAUGGCCAUUCUCAAGCAGAAGAUGACAGCAGGAGCACAAGUGUACAGAGGGAGGAAAUCCCUGGAGGCCAAAAUCAGGCUAAUCAAAGCCCUGCACGCGAUGAACGUUGAGGACGCCGCGGAAGUGAACUGGGAGGAUCUGACGCAAGCCAUUGGGGACGUUCCUCCCAACUAUGUGCAAUCCAAGUUCUACAAACUGAAGGUCACCCAGGUUCCCCUGUGGCAGACAAUGUCCUUUGGAGAUGUGAUUGACUUCCUGAAUGAGAAGGUUGUGCCACAGCUGGAGCAGAGACUGCAGGCGUGUAGAGGCCAUUCCAGAGACGAGGAGGAGGAGGAAGAGGGUGUGAGCACGCAGCAGGAGACCUUCCUCUUCUCUGACAUCUUCGGCGAUGAAUCCGAGAUGAAUCCUGAAACGGGGACAGUGAAGAGGAGGCUGGCAGUGGCGUGAAUUCACUCUCAAUUUUUCCUUGUGGAGCAGAGGCUAGAGAAAUGGAUUGUGCUUCAUGUUGCUGUUGUACCCUUGGGCGAGGGUUUUACAACCUGUGUGUGGGCCUGCAGCAGAAUGGAGCUGAGAACCAAGAUGCAGUGUGUGACGUAACGCUGGGACUCGUAUGUGUGGACAGGCAGAACUGAUCUGUGUUAAAGGCCGCGGUAAAAUGGUUUUCAAAAUUUUACUACCAGGUGAUGUAUUAUGUUGAGAAUUACCCGAAUUGUCUUACUAUUCAUCCAUGUGAUAAUGCAUCUAUGGAAUGAAUUUUAUUGCACACUCGCUAGUUUGGCUGGGUGUCUGUUUCCAGAGCAGAGGUGGUGAUGGGCUGAACAGCCACCCAGCAGUGCCCCUGCUGCUCUUCUCUCAGCAUGUACGGGUAUCAAAACCCGUCACACCCACAGCCUCACA